AUGAUGCAAGGGCAACACAAAGCUCAUAAGCUUUUCAGUGGACAUUUCAGCUCAGCUAUGGCUUUCCUUCAAGCUCAGGCUCACUCUACGAAUUUCGCACAGACCGAAGCAAACAACCCCUUCUUUCGCUACACGUCCGGCCGUUGGCUAUACAAUGAGCAGCUCCAAUUGGAAAGACGGUUUGUCAAAUUCAACAUUCCAGCUCUUCAGCAAGCUGCUGGUAAAGUGCUCGGUACUCGAUGUGUCCAGAUGACCAAGAUACCGGAGGGGCUGUACAACAAGGUGUUUUCUCUGAAGAUGGAGAAUGGCAAGGAAGUGUUGGCAAGGAUCCCAAAUCCGAAUGCUGGCCAUCCGCAAUAUUGCGUGGCCAGUGAAGUCGCCACGCUUGAUUUUCUUCGCAACGUCCUUGAUAUCCCCGUUCCUCGAGUCCUGGACUGGAGCUCUCCGGCAUUGCGACCCAACCCAGUGGGCAGCGAGUAUAUUCUCAUGGAGCGGGUGAGAGGACGCCAAUUGAGCGGGGUUUGGGAUGCAAUGUCUGAAGCUCAGCGCUUCGGUUUGGUUAAAAGCCUGGUAGAGAUUGAGAGGAAGUUGGUGAGCGCACAAUUUACAAACCAUGGCAGCCUAUACUACAAGGAUACAUAUCGACUGCCUAGCUCGAACCAAGAGACUGCUGCCAAAUUCGUCAUUGGCCCAACAACUGAGCGGUCUUUUUGGGAAGACGAGAGGCGUGGACUAGAUAUCGAUCGGGGCCCUUGGGAAACCGCCCAACAAUACCUUUCAGCUAUCGCAAAGCGUGAGAUUGCCUUGAUUCGAAGCUCAGCAAAGACACCAACAGCACAGGAGAAACAUGUCCGGCUUCUUGAGCAGUUCCUCACUCUGCUCCCUCACAUAUUACCACCAGAAGAGCUUUCUCGUCCUGUCCUGCUGCAUCACGACCUUCAUCAAGAUAAUAUAUUUGUUGACGACGCGGAUCCAACAAAAAUAUCAAGCAUAAUUGAUUGGCAGGCAGUGUAUUCCGCUCCACUGUUCAUGCAAGCAAGAUUUCCCUCGGUAUUCAAUUGCGACGACCAGUAUCCAUGGGGCGCGGUUCAACCUGAACUACCAAAAGACUUCGACACCCUCUCACAAACGGAAAAAGAGUUAGCUCAGGACGAACUUGCCAGGAUUAGAUUGAAGAAAUUCUACGAAUUCGCAUCAAGGAAGUUCAACCCGCUUCUCAUUAAGGCCAUGGAUGUCAUGAGAAACGAUGAUGACCCUACAACGUUCAUUUUCCAUAUUGUCGGCCAGUCCUCCCUUGAUGGACCGAUCCCGCUCAAAGAACUUCUUAUACAGAUGUAUGAGAAAUGGGACAAAAUAGCGGAGAGGAGAGGCUUGGGGAUACCAUGCCCGAUUUCAUUUUUAAAAGAAGAAAUCGAAGAAAGUCGUCAGCAGGCGACUGCAUGGGCGGACGCGUAUAAAGAGCUUGAUACUCUGCGAACUCAAGUCAUGGGUAAAGAUGGCUGGGUCUCACAUGAGGAAUUCGAAGAUGCCAUGCGCAGGUGGGAAGACAACAAAGCAACUUUUGAAAUGCUUCGAGAGCGACUAGAAAAGUUGCUUUCGUAG